AUGAGAGCUUCGGGAACUUUAAAAGCAUGUCAACAAGAGCACUCUGAGCAUUUGAAGUUGUCUAAAGCUCUGGUUGUGAGCUUGGAUAGCUUGGCCCAGCUUGGCCCAGCUUGGCGCUUGGCGCUUGGCAGUCGCUGGCUGAGGGUGAUGAUGAUCGGAUCUCGCCACCUUCUCGACGGGACGGGACACAGCAAAACACAUCCGACACACCCGACACGGGCCGACGGCUUUGAUCGGCUUUGGCUGAGGUACAAGAGCGUGUAUUUUGGCUCAGUAGCAGUUGGAAAACCUGAGCAGAAGUUCUCAGUAGUAUUCGACACUGGUUCAGGCCAUGUGAUUCUCCCCUCGAGCGAGUGUCACAGCGAAACCUGCCGCAUUCACAAUCGUUACGACAAACAGGCCUCUGAUGGAGCCAUCGACGUCGACUACGAUGGUACUCCUGUGCGAUCAGGCGCUCCACGGGACCAGAUCACGGUGGCCUUUGGCACCGGGGAGGUCACGGGAAACUUCGUCCACGACAGGAUUUGUUUGUCCCCAGAAGCAGCUCCUGCAUCGCAAUCUGCUGGGAUGGCUUACACAGAGCCCCUGCUGUUAGUUCAGUCUGGCGAUGCUUUGGAGCGAGGGCAACCAGGCGAAAAUAUCACCCAAGUGCCCAUCAUGGCGAAUGUUUCGACGCCGCUUAGACAUGAGGCGAUGAAUUGUGUCGACCUGCGGGUUGUUAUGGCCACAGAGGCACUCCAACUUGCCUGUUUGAAGAUUUUGAAGGCAUGGAAAGUGAAAGAGCGGCAAAAAUUACGUCGCUUUACAAAGGAGACCAGCUGCCUGGAUUGGCCAGCUGCCCUUCAGUCUUUGCGCAGAGCUCAAAAGUCGGCCCUGCAGCUAGAUGCGAAGGCUGCGACUGCAGCCCUUGCUGCUUGCAAAAAGCAAGAGCAGUGGCCGGCGGCUCUGCAGCUGCUGCUGGAGUUUGGCCAUUUUGCUUUGCAGCUGGACAUUGUUGCCGUCAGCACCGUGAUCACUGCGUCUGAGAAGUGCAGCCAAUGGAAGCAGGCCCUGCAGUUGCUACAUGGCACCGGCCGCCUCCUACAGCUGGAUGUCGUGGCCUGGAGCGCUGCAACCAGUGCAUGUGCUGCAGCCUCAGCGACGCAGUGGCAGCUGGCCACCCACUUAGUAGCUCCUGGGAGCCUCAAGCUGGGCAACAUGGCGCACAAUGCAGCCAUCACGGCGUGCGAGCGUGCGAGUGGUUGGGUAAUGGCACUUGGUCUACUUGAACGUCUCAGAAAACCUCAAAGGGCUUCAGCCGUCAGCUACAACAGUGCCAUGAGUGCUUUGCAGCAGGGCAGCCAGUGGCGACCAGGCCUUCAACUGGUGGAUCUCCUCUUGCAGGCUGGGCUGCAAGCUAGCCCAGUAACAGUGGGCGCUGCUUCACUUGCGCCCUGGCGAAGAGCCUUUGCUGCCCUGGCGAACUUCGGUGAUCCAGAGGUUGAAGACAAUGCCAUCGCUUUCAACGCGAUUUUGAGUUCUUGUGAUGCGCGACCAUCUUUUGUGGUCGAGCUCCUACGCAGCAUGCAGAAGAGGAAGGUUCGAGCUACCGUGAUCAGCUACAACAGUGCGAUCACUGCCUGCAAGAAGUCCUGGAAGCUUUCAGUUCACCUCCUGGAAGACAUGCAACAUGCGCAGCUCCUUCCUGACGCAGUGAGCUUCAAUAGUGGAAUUACUGCAAGCGAGACUGGAGCAAAUUGGCAACUGGCUAUGAUGCUAAUGGGUUGCAUGCCUUGCAUGCGUCUGACAUCGUCGGUGAUUAAUCUGACCGCAGCAAUCAGUGCUUGUGAAGCGGCCAGUCGGUGGCAAUCUGCUGCUGGACUUCUUGGCUCAAUGAAAUCUCACGGCCUGGUACCAAACUUAAACACCUUCAACAGUGCAGCGGCCGCCUACGAGAAAGCUGGCAGAUGGGAGCUGGCUGCCGAGACCCUGGACUUAGUCGAGCCUGGAUUGAUCACCUACAAUUGUGUCUUGAGAUCCUGCGUGACAUGCACGCGGCCACGUUGGCCCCGUUGGCCCCGUUGGCACUUCACCCUCCAGCUCUUGGGAGAGAUGUCUAAGGCAGCCAUUCUCGCCGAUCUGAUCAGCUACAACAUGGCGGCGCUUGCCUGUGAAUCUGAGCGAAUGACUGAGCACUUCCAGGUGCUAUUGGAUCAAGUCUUGCCGGAACAUUUGCAAAAACUCUUGCGCACUCUGUCAACGUCCUAA